AUGGUAUCUGUGAAUAAGAGCAAGAAACUGACUAGUAUAAAGCAAACUAACCCUAAUACUGAAAAAAAGAAGACUGCCAAAGUGGUGAUAGAAGAGGAAGAGCAAGACCAAUCCAAUUCAUCUAGUCAAGAAGUGGAAAGUGAAGAUGAAAGUGAUUCAGAAUUGGAAGUAGCAGAUAAUGAUGAUUUAGAUCAGGAAAUAGGAUCUGAUGAUGAAGUUAAUAUUGCAGAUGCUUCAUCAUCCGAAGGGUCGGACGCAAGCGAAGAUGAAAAUGAAAAUGAAGAAGAGGAUUUUCCAAAACUAAAGAAGAGAAAAACAAAGUCUACAGAAGACGGGUCUGAAUCUUUUGCUGAUGCCUUGAACUCUAUUGUUAACUCAAAACUAAAAGCAUACGAUAGAAAGGAUCCAAUUUUGGCUCGAAAUAAAGUCACUUUAAAGAAGUUAGAACUGGAUAAAUUGGAAAUGAAGGCCAAGAGAGCCUUAUUGCAAGAAAAGAAAGUGUUACAUGACAACGCCAGAGUUAAAAACUUGUUGCCAACAAGUAAUGAACCGGAGAAAGUUCGUCAAGUGAUUGAAAAGGAAAAGGCAUUGAAAAAAGUUGCACAACGUGGUGUUGUCAGAUUGUUUAAUGCAGUGUUAUCCACGCAAAUCAAAACCAAUCAAGAAGUCAAUAAGGAGAAGUUGGGACAAACCAAAAAGGAAGAAAUAAUGAAUGAAGUAUCUAAAAACAAAUUCUUGGAUCUAAUUGCAGCUGCUGGUAAUGAAUAA